AAAUUCAAAAGGUAUGUCAAAAAACACAUGACAGCUUUGACAGAUUGACGUCACGAAUCGACGAGAGUGCUGCAGAAAAGUGUGCUCGCACGAAAAAAAAGUUCUCACGGCAGUUUUCUUACGGAUUUUCGUGUAAUUUUCUAUUUCUAGUGCUUUUGUACGGUGUACGGGAAGGUCAAGGAAGUCCCCGGUGGUGUGCAAUGGUGUACUCUGUGCAGUGAAAGAGGCUGAGACUAUUUCAAGAGAGCUGGGAAAGUCUCUUGUGGAGCAAGAAAAUUACACAACCACCUUUUUUCUGCGACUCUGCGCGUUUUCACGGAUCUUCGGGGAGCACCCCUCGCAUUGGAUUAGCUUCUCUGAGAGAGUUCUUUUUUUUGUGAUUGAGAAAUGGCGGAAUUGGGGGAAAGUGUUAGAGAAACUCCGUUGAUGGUGACUCAGGAGGGAGGACGCAGUGUUCUCACACUGAUGGAGGAUCUGUCGAGUUUGCGGAAGAGACGAGCGUGGAACCCGGAAGUGGAUUCCCUGGCGUCCGGGGAUGAUGAUAUUGAUCUGCUGGGGAUGGUUGAGGAUGAUGACGAUGAUCUCGGGGAUGAGGAGGAAGAGGAUGGUGUUGGGUGCCCGCUGCCGUCGACGCCGGAGGACAAUCAACUCCUCGAGGCGGAAAUGACGGAAGUGCUCAAGGCAGGUGUGCUGUCGGAUGAAAUUGACUUGGGGGCUCUGGCGCACAAUGCUGCCGAGCAGGCGGAGGAAUUUGUAAGGAAGGUGCUGGAGGCAUCGUGGAAGGUGUGCCACUAUAAGAAUCUACCUCGCUGGCUGCAGGACAAUGACUUCCUCCAUCGAGGACAUCGUCCGCCGCUCCCGUCCUUUGGCGCCUGCUUCAAAUCCAUCUUUCGCAUUCACACAGAAACUGGGAAUAUCUGGACACAUCUUCUUGGAUGCUUUGCUUUCGUGGGAGUUGCCUGCUACUUCCUCACUCGUCCAUCGAUUGAGAUUCAGUUGCAGGAAAAAUUAAUCUUUGGCGCCUUCUUUGCGGGUGCCAUCGUCUGCCUGGGCUGCUCCUUUGCCUUUCACACCCUCAGUUGCCAUUCUGAGGUGGUGGGGAAGCUCUUCUCAAAGUUGGACUACUGCGGCAUUGCCCUCCUCAUUAUGGGUUCCUUUGUCCCGUGGCUCUACUACGGCUUCUACUGUCACUACCAGCACAAACUCAUCUACCUAAGUGUCGUCGUUGUUCUCGGCAUCCUUUCCAUUGUUGUCUCGUUGUGGGAUAAAUUUUCCGAACCAAACUUGCGACCUCUCCGGGCGGGAGUCUUUAUGAGCUUUGGACUAUCCGGAAUAAUUCCAGCCAUCCACUAUGGGCUAAUGGAGGGAUGGUUUACGCAAAUUAGUCGCGCAAGUCUUGGAUGGCUCGUCCUCAUGGGGCUCCUCUACAUCCUCGGGGCGACUUUCUACGCAGCUCGCGUGCCGGAAAGAUGGUUCCCCGGGAAAUGUGACAUUUGGUUUCAAUCUCAUCAAAUAUUCCACGUGCUCGUCAUCGCUGCUGCUUUUGUUCACUAUCACGGCAUCAGCGAAAUGGCAAUGUAUCGUGUGACGGUGGGAGAGUGUGCGGUUCCUCAUCCAGCAAUUGCCUUUUAAUGCUACAAAAAAAAACAAGAGAUACCAAGAAGUCAAGCAAAUUAAGACAGAAAAGUAUUGAGAGCUCGUGAGCAUCAUCGUAAGGAUUUUCUGCAUAACAAAAGAAAGGAAUAAAAAAUCAUUGCGUGAAAGGUAAGAAAGAUUCAAGAUGCAGAAUGAGAACAAAAAUAUACAAAGAAAUUAAGAAUUAAGGAAGAAACUAAGACGCUCGUAAAGUCAUAUUAACUAUAUUAUAUAAAAAAAAAGGAAUGAAAAUAAAAGAAAAUUAAUUUAUAGAUAUAAUUUAAUGAAAAAAGAAAAAAAAAUGAAAAUUCUGAAUCACUGAAAAAUGAAGUAUUUCCAAAUCUCGAAUAUUUUCAUUUUUCAUCAUCAAUUUUAGUUUAUUUGGGUUUCAAGCUGAAUGUUUAUUUUUUUUUAGGAAGCUAUGAGUUCACAAAUUUAUCUAUUUUUGAAUUGUUUAUUUGAAAUUGUUUUUUAAAAGAAAAUAUUCUCUUGUUGAAGAAAUUUUAUUGAGUUCUGCUGCUCAAUGAAGAAGUUUUGUCAGGGAGAGGCCUUUUUUUGAUUUAUUCAGUCACCUCUCAAAUUGACACUGGAGUUGCGUGGAAAAUUCCCAAAAUAAAUCCAUCGGUGUUUUGCCGUAAACACGGGGGAAUUUUUUUUCGUGUGUAAUUUAAUCCACACAAAAUAUGAAUGAAAAGAGAGAUUCAAAAAAAUUGCCAGAGGAAACAAAUUUGUUGUGUCUGCUUUUCACUCGCAAUUUCUUCGUUGUUUAGCCUUCUAUUUUAUUAAGAGGAAUUGUAUCUCUGUCAUCUUUCUCAAUUAAUUUCACAGCCAAUUGAAGAAAAAUGUUUUGCUAGGUGGCUAGAAUUUAUUGCCGAGUGUUUUAUUAUUUCGCCAUAGGCGUUUACUGUUUGUAAUAGAUCCUUCACGCUGAGAGUAUACCAAAAAAACAAAAAAGAAAACUAAAAACACAAAAACACAAGUAAAAGAAUUUUAUCUUAAGAUUCUAAGAUUGCAAACCCUACUAAUGUAAUGGAAAAAGAAAAAAAAAACAUGUAGAUUUAAUAGCCAAUGAGUCGUAGUUAGUGAAGAAAAUAUCAAGAAAACUUUUUAGUGAAAGAACUGUAAUGGAAAAUCGUAGAUAAAAUCUGGGCAUUGUACUUUUUUCUUUCAAUAGGGUGUCCCAAUUAAAGUGUUCAGUUUGGAAAAAAAGCAGGGAAACAUUUUGAGCUUCUUUGGAAUAAUUUCUGGUUUUAAAUAUUUGUGGGAAAAAAAAAAGAUAAUGAUGGGACUUGAACUUGCAAUAUUUUGUUUGUCAAUAUCAGUGCUAAACGCGCAGCCUAAUAAACGCCCCUAAAGGCCUGGCCAUACGACAGCGUCAAAAGACGUUGUUCGUUGUUUUUUCUCACUUGCUCCUUGUCAAAUUGUAUUGCGCUGUCACUGUCAAACAAGAAACGCGGUUUCUAUGUUAUAUAACCGCCUUUCUUGUGUGACAGUGACAGCGCGAUACAAUUUGACAAGGAGCAAGUGAGAAAAAACAACGAACAGCGUCUUUUGACGCUGAAGUAUGGUUAAGCUUUAAUGGUCCAAUCAGGAUUUUUUGCAAUAGAUUUUCGUCACGAUUUUCGAUUUUCUCUCAAAAACAUUAAAUUUUAAUGUUUAAUCUAAUUCUUUAUCUCGCAUAGCCAUGGUGUGAAAAUAUCUCAAAUAUCUAUUAAAAGUUUAUUAAAAUGAAAAUUUAUUAACUGGAAAAACAAUUUUUUUUAAAGUUUUCAUUUACAUAAAUAAGUUCUAAAGUGUCUGAAGUAGAAAAAAAAUAACAUUUAAGGUCGAAAACAGAGCUAUUCUUUUUUUUCAAAUAGAAUUAAUUAAAUUAAAGAUUUGAUUAAGAUAGCAAAAUGUUUUUGAAAAAAAAAGGAAUAGUUGCCGGAUUCGAACCUGCAAUGUUCGUUGGCUAAGAACAGUGCUAAACCCGUUGCCCUAAUGAAAGUUCUGAACUUUAAGAAGCAUUUUUGGAGAAAAAUUUUAAUAAGAAAUGAAAGUUUUUUCAAAUCUCACGAAGCUUUCAUUUUGAUAUAAUUUUUCUCUUUAAAAAUUCAAGUCCAAGAAAAGAACAAAUAAAAACAAGUUUAUAAAAAUAUAAAUUCAAAAAUAAAUCAUUAUAAAACGCUAAAAAAUCAUUUUGUUAAUAUUUCUUAAAAUAAUUUGGACACCCUAUAUAAAAGUUAAUUCAACUUAAUUGAAACAGAAAGAAAAAGAAAUAUUAAAUAAAAAUAAAUAAAUCAACACACAAUGGGACGUGAAUUAUUUAUCAAAUCAAUAUUAUAUAUUAUUAAAAGAAAUAUAAUAUAGUUGUUCUCACCAGAAAAGAAAUGUAGAAAAUGCCACCAUUUUGCUGAUUCACCUUUAAAAGUAAAAAUAGAGAGAGAGAAAACUUUCACUUUUUUGAUAUUUUUGUCAUCAUUCCACCUCAUAAAUGAAACUAAAUUAACAAUAUGAAAAAAAAUAUACCUACCUAAUAAAUCUGCUGGAAAAAAAAAUUGUAAAAGAAGGAGGAUAAAUUUGAAUUAUAAAUUCACUUUUUUCACCUUGAAGGAUAAAAAAUUGAUUUAAAAAAAAAGAACAGUGUUUAACUUGUUCACAGUCCUAUAAAGAUAAAUUUAAAAAGAAUAUUAAAGAGAUAAAAAUAAAUAAAAACUGAUGAAAGAUGGAUCAAUGCAACUAAUUAAUUUAUUUCCUUAUUUAUACAACAAAAAUAAGAAAGAAAAAGAAAAUCAACUUGACUUGUAAGUGCAUAAAAUUACAGAAAAUAAGGAGACAAAACAAUAAAUUUUGAUAAAAAUUCAA